AUGUCAGGCAAUCGCUUGUUCAAAUUGCGAUGGAAGAAGAAAGACUUCAACAGAAAAGGACCCUUCCCAUAUUCCUUUUUUCACAAAGAGGACAAAUUGGAAUCAUUUCGAGGACCUGACGGAUAUCCUCUCCUAGUCCCGUCUCUCAGAAACACAACUGAGUAUGCCAAAAGGUAUAGAGAUCAAGUCAAAAUAGCGGAAAUUGAGAAAAUUGAAAAUGUCCAUUUGAAAAUGCUUGAGUUCAGAAAAAGUGCCAAAAAACGCUAUGAAAUCAAAUCUUCUAAUCAGUCUUACAAUGCUUUACCUUAUUGGCUGUUCGCAACGAGGACAAAAUUGAUGAGAGGUCUGCCCUUAGAAAUGCAGAGAUCAGCUUGUUCGAUUAGUGAUGAAGUUGUUGAUUCACUCAAUGAUUCGAUUCUGGUUGCAAUUCGUGAAUAUCUUCUUCGGAAUAGCGUGUUCAGAGAAAAGUUUGACGACCGAACAAACAAACAUUUCGCAUCUUUUCUGAAGUCAAUUGCGUUUUCUAUUUCUAAUCAUCCGGAAAUUUCGAGUGAGCUUGGCUCGGAUGAAACGUUUUUCAACCAAAACGUAGAAACUAUUGGCUUCUUUGGUAAAGAUGAAAAUAUGUAUCAAGUUACGGACGAGGCAGCUAUUGCCCAACUGAGAUCCAAACACCCUCUGGUUCCUUUGGAAUCUCUAGACUCCGAAAUAUGCCAGUACUCACCUGAUCAAAUUCCUGAAUUGCCUCACAAUAUGCAAUAUUACGAAGAGUUAGUUUGGGAAAAUCCAAAGGUCAAAAUGCCCAGAAGAGGUCAACAAUGGAUCAAGAAAAGAGUCCCGGUCAAAACUGAGGUUCAAGAUGCAGUUAUUUUCUCAGGGGUGAAACCAGGGUCAUUGUACCAGUAUUUUCACACGCAGUUUCUGCUAAAUAGCCGACCUUCAGAGUUUUGGAGAGAAGACUCGGAUUUUUAUGCACAAGAAGUGACGGAUUGUAAAACUCUGCUUAACAUGCAUUCGACCUUGAGUUCGACGGCUUGGUACUUGAAGUUCACACCUUUUCAAGAUUUAACCAUGCCGCUAAGUUUGAAUGCGAUGACGUAUGACGGAACCCAGAAUGUCUCUUUUUAUAACUACCAACUGAAUACUGUGGCGAGUGGAAAAAUGAUGUUGGAUGAAUUUCUGCCAGAAGCAUCAAAUCCAAGAGCGAACGUGCUUUGGUCAACUGAAAUGACGCCUUUGUUUUCUUAUGACGAAACUACAGGUUCUGUUGAUAUAAACAAUGAAGCUGUGAAAUGUAUGUUUGCUCUUUUGAAAAGGAAGACUGCGGCUCAGAAAUUUGAAGUUCCAGAAUCGUCUUGGGAUGAGGGCAUUCCAGAAGGGAUCCCGUUGGUCAGAGUUGAUAGAGACGUAGAUCCAGGCAAGAUCUGGAUCAAACCGAAAAAGAGCAAAAACUGGCCAAAAGGGUGGUACCAUCCGAAGUAUAAGUGGAACCCGCAGUAUGUGGAAAGAAUGGAAAGGGAAAAGGAACAAGGUCCCUUUUAUGAGUCAGAAGAAGAUCACUCCGAGUUUAUUAAAGAGUUUAACAGCAAGCAAAAAUUGAUUAAAUGA